AUGUGGCGACGGGCAGUGAAGACCACCGCCGUAGGCAUUCCGGCCGCUGCCGUUUGCGGCAGCCUGUGGUACCGCGAGACCCACCGUCCAGUUCUGCCACCACACCGUUUGCGCGAUUUGAGCGAAUCCACUAUAGUGAUGACUGGUGCGACCUCUGGGAUUGGAAAGGCGGCAGCGGCGAAGUUUUUGUCACUUGGUGCUACUGUUGUCUGCGGCUGUCGGGAUUUGAAUCGUGGUGCUGCUGUGAAGAAUGAACUCCUCGAUGGGUCGAAGGGGGUCUCCGUGGGGCAGGUGGAGUUUUUGCCGCUCGACCUCUCUGACAUGGAGAGUGUGAAGCAGUUCGCUCACGAAUGCCAGCGGCGACAUUCGAACAGCAUCGUGGUCAUCGUGUCGGCCGCCGCUGAAAUAAUUUAUGAGCCUGGAGCGAAGACCCCGCAGGGCCUCGACCGGACGUUCGCAACCAAUCACCUCGGCGUUCAAGCGUUGGUUGCGGAGCUCGAGCCUGUGCUGCUUAAUGAGGCCACUGGGCGCGCACCGCACUGCAGGAGGCGCGUGGUGCUCCUCGGGAGCAGGCUGGAGACGCGCGGAUCAGUGGAUCCUGUAGUCGUGCAGUCCAGCGGGGGCGCGGAGCUCCAUCAGCAGUACGCUGCCGCGGACCCGAUGACGCGAUACGCGGACAGCAAGCGGUGCAACAUGCUGUUGGCGACGGCGCUGGCAGAGCGCUGGCGAGAUCGAGCGGUGGAUGUGUUGUCCGUAUCCCCUGGGAUGGUGCACACUUCUUUGUGGCGACACUUCCCGAAAUGGUACCAGGCCCUCACGUUCCCGAUACGGGCGAUCGCGCUGCGCUCGGCCGAAGAGGCGGCGGAGGGUGUGGUCUUUGCGGCAGCCGCAGAGGAGGCGGGUGGCAAGAGCGGCGCUUACCUUUCAGACGGCGUGGAGAUCGAGCCCUCGCAAGGAUCGCGCGAUGCCCAUCUUGCCCGGCGACUGUAUGAGGAGUGCCGCCAGCUCAUCGAGAAAUGCACGAGAUGA